UUGGGCUACUUCAAAAUUCCCGAGAACCCUCCUCGGUGCGGGUGGACGCCUCGGAGAAGAAAUUCGCGAGCCGAGCCAAGCCAGGCCACCCCUUCUCACCCGUCGAAACCGCCGAUGCAGACGCCUCCGCAGGCGGCGGCCAGGAAGCGGAAAUCAAGACGGCGGCGGCCGAAGAAGCGCUCCAGCAACCCUUCUUCCGUCGGUGCCUCGAAAGUGAAAGAGGAUGAGAAGGAGACGGACGAGGCAGAGCCGCGCCCGUCGUCCGCAAACGUGAAGCGGCGAAAACUCGAAGCCGCUCCCUCCAACAAAAGCAGCCCGCCGAGCUUCCUGGAUAAGAUGCGAGCAAGGUUAUCUGGAGGUCAUUUUCGAAUGAUAAAUGAGAAAUUAUACACUUGCAGUGGAGAGGAAGCAUUUGACUACUUCAAAAAUGACCCAGAACUAUUUAAUGUGUAUCACACAGGAUAUCAAGAACAGAUGUCACAUUGGCCAGAACAACCAGUUAAUAUAAUCAUUAAAUGGUUGAGGAGUCACAGUUCUUCUUUGACAGUUGCUGAUUUUGGAUGUGGGGAUGCAAGGAUAGCAAGAAAUGUAAAGAACAAGGUCUUUUCCAUUGAUCUUGUUUCCAAUAUCCCAUCGGUAAUUGCUUGUGAGAUGUCUCAUACCCCAUUGGAUUCGUCUUCUAUUGAUGUUGCUGUUUUUUGCCUUUCACUAAUGGGGACCAACUACCCAAGUUACCUGAAGGAGGCAAACAGGGUUCUAAAGCCAUGUGGUUGGCUUCUGAUAGCUGAAGUCAGGAGCAGGCUUGAUCCAAAUAAUGGAGGUGCUGAUCCCGAUAAAUUCUCUGAAGCUGUCGAUCAGCUCGGCUUUUCUUUAGUCUCGAAGGACAUGACAAACAAAAUGUUUAUUCUGUUCUACUUUAAGAAGAGGGAAAGAUGUUCAUCAGUUGCGCGCAUUAGAUGGCCAGAUCUGAAACCGUGCAUGUACAAGCGUCGCUGAAUCCAAGCCACCAUGACCACUUGUUGGUGAAGUUUACAGCCGCAAGCUGCUUCUUCUUCUGUUUUUUCGCUUCUCCCUCAAAUGAUUAUGGGAAAAGAAGAUGCAUCUUUCUUUCCUCGGUUAAGAACACACGCAGUGGUAUUUAUGCGAUCUUUGUUAUCAGAUUGUAACUUCAUGAGGAUUGACUUUGCAUGUUGUAUGUUGGUGAAAAUGUAUGGACAACUGUAGGCGAUUCUGAGUCAGACCCCCUCUACUUCAAGAUUUUCUGAUUGUUUUUGUUUUUUUUUUUUUCUUUUAAACUUGAAGUUUGAGGGGUUUAGGGUAAAUCUUAAAGUUGAGGGGUAUUUUAUAAUAAUAAUUUUAAACCGUCGGAGCUUAUUCAUCGAA